CGACAUCCAAUGGACGAGCGUGGAUUUGCCGGAGGCGGGGUUAGCGUGGCCGUCAAUCGCGCUCGGGGGGCGGGCAGAGGAUCACACAGAGCUAGGCUAGAGGAGCUACUCGAGACAAACAGCAGCGCUCUGCGAAAACCCACUUUUACCAUCCGCAUCCAGCGAAUACCAGGAGCCGACGAGAAAACCUCAUAUUCCGCACAUAAAUGUCCGCAUGGAUUACUGAUACCCUUUCGUCGACGAGCAGAAGUGUUUCUCAACUUGACGGCGUAGCCACAGAUUCGUCACACUGGUCGCCUAGAGGACUCAUUGAAAGAUGAAGACUCUGGAGGAGCCCCCCUACUUGACAGUAGGGACGGACGUGAGUGCAAAGUACAGAGGGGCUUUCUGUGAGGCCAAGAUUAAGACUGCCAAGAGGCUAGUCAAGGCUAAGGUGACCUUUAAACCAGAUCUGUCCACAGCUGAGGUUCAUGAUGAAAAUAUCAAAGGACCUCUGAAGGUGGGUGCUGUUGUAGAGGUGAAGAAUCAGGAUGGAGUUUACCAGGAGGCCACAAUCAACAAGCUGACUGAUGCUAGUAUAUAUACUGUCGUCUUUGACGAUGGCGAUGAGAAGACCCUGAGGCGUUCCUCUCUUUGCCUGAAAGGAGCGCGUCACUUUGCAGAGAGCGAGACACUUGACAGACUCCCUCUCACCAACCCCGAGCACUUCGGCACACCUGUCAUCGGCAAGAAGGGCAACCGCGGGCGACGAUCGAACCCUAUUCAAGAAGAAGAGUUGUCUUCAUCUUCCAGUGAAGAGGAGGAGAGUGAUCAGCGGCAGAAUGAGGAUAUGUUUGGCAAAGUGGUCUGUGUGGAAGGAGUCACCACCGGGGACAAGAAGAAGAGCACGUGGUACCCUGCUCUAGUCAUCUCCCCGGACUGCCAUGAAGAUGUGACUAUGAAGAAGGACAACAUCUUCGUCCGCUCAUUCAAGGAUGGAAAAUUUUCCAUGGUGCUGAGGAAGGACGUCCGUGAGAUCAGUAGUGACUGUCCUCCAAAAGCUGACGCAGGGCUCAAACCAGGAACUCCCAUCAACAAGCGGCCUGUUCUGGGCUACAAGAACCUGAACCUGUUCAAGCUCUACAGGCUGGUGCACAAACUGGGCGGCUUUGAUAACAUUGAAAGCGGCGCAGUUUGGAAGCAAGUCUAUCAGGAUCUGGGAAUCCCAGUGCUGAACUCUGCCGCUGGCUACAAUGUCAAAUGUGCUUACCGCAAGUACUUGUAUGGAUUUGAGGAAUACUGCACGUCCACCGCCAUAACCUUCAGGAUGGACCUCCCCUUGAAGCAAGGUCUUAAGGGGGAGGUGAAGUCUGAGGAGGAGGCUGCAGGAGCAGCUCCCACAUCCUCUGGGUCAGAAGACCAAAAAGCCCAGGUGGAUGAGGAACCUUGCAGUGCGCAGUCUGUAGUCUGCAAGGAGGAGAAACCUGAUAUAACCCAAAACAAAACGGAGUCUGAACCUCCAAAGUCCGAGGAAAAGGACAGUACGGAUGAUGACGACGGGGAAGAAGACGCCCCCCACAAUGGCGACGCAGAGGAGGGCUCGUCGACGGCUCACCUUACAGCCGAGAAUUUGAAACAGGAGCUCGAUGAGGAGCAGGAGAGCAAGGACAACUCUGGGGAUGACAGCAGUCAGGAGGGGGAGGAGGGGGAGGAGUUUGAGUGUUACCCCCCGGGGAUGAAGGUGCAGGUGAGGUAUGGGCGAGGCCGCAAUCUGAAGACGUACGAGGCCACUGUGAAAGAGGCAGACGUGGAGGGGGGAGAGGUGCUCUACCUGGUGCACUACUGUGGCUGGAACGUCAGAUAUGAUGAAUGGAUCAAAGCUGACAAGAUUGUGCGGCCCGCCAAUAAGAAUGUUUCAAAAAUAAAGCACCGCAAAAAAAUAAAGAACAAAUCCGAGAGGGAGAGAGACAGGCUGGAGAGGAUCAAUGACCGAGAAGUCCUCGGCCCGUCGCCCAACGGUAACCGCGUCCCGCGCUCCAAAUGUGGCCUGAGUCAUGAUGUCUUUUCCAAGAUGGACGAGGGUGAGGACAAAGGGACUGCAGUCAAGUCUAUAGAAAUUACCUCUAUCCUCAAUGGCUUGCAAGCUUCUGAGAUGUCCUCUGACGAGAGUGAGCACGAGGAUGAGGAGGCGGAGCAUAUUGAAGAGGAUCACCCAGGUUGCAGAGGCAGCCUCAAAAAGGCCCCACUAGAGCCGGCGCAAACAUCAGAGCAUUGGGAGGGCGGGACUCCACCUGAAGGGUCCAAACCUGCUCCAGUCUCAGGAAAGAACCAAGACGUAGUCAAUGCAGAGAGCACUGACUCCGGGAAGCGCAGAGGUCAACCUGAGUCCGAGGGAGAGACGAGCACCAGGAAGAGGAAAUCUGACAGUGCAGCUGAGAGGACCACAAAAGGCCAAUCCAAAGCUAAGACGAGGAACACCAGGAGUGCCGACUGGUUACCUGGAGGCUCUCCUAGGAAAAUGGAGGAGAGAGCGGCCGGUCCCGGUGAGGAGAGGGGCCCCUCAUCUAACAGCAGCUCAGAUUCUGAGGGUGCAGCGCUGGCUGAGGCCCCGGCUGAGGGACCUCAACGAGGCCGCCCAAAAACCAAAGGUUCCCCUUCUAAGAAAUACAACGGGAUGAAGGAGAAGUCCAAAUCAAACAGACAAGCAGGGUUCUGGGAGAUUCCUGAAAAGAGGGCAAAAGCAUCAGGGAAUGCUGAGGAAAGGCCCGCUGUCCGUGCUAAAGGACAAAAGGAUGUGUGGUCAAGCAUCCAGGCGCAGUGGCCGAAGAAAACUCUGAAAGAGUUGUUCUCUGACUCGGACACAGAGGCCGCCAACUCUCCUUCCCCGCCUGUACCUUCGUGCCUGGAGGAGCCGAGUCUCGACCAGGAUGCUGGGCCCGAGGACGAAGCCUCAGAAGAGCAGAUGGAGAACGACAAACUCCAGGAGUUUCCAAGCAGUGGCAGUAACUCUGUACUCAACACUCCGCCAACAACACCUGAGUCCCCCUCGGGAGGAGGCAGCACCGUGGAAGACUCUGUUCAAGUGCAGCCUUCCUCCCCUCUGCCGUCCAUACCCCCUGCCUUGCCUUCAGAGACAGUUGCUGACGCUCUACCCCCAGGACCCAUACAGGAGGAGGUGGCAGGCGGGCGCAGUGAAACGGACAGCAGCACGGUGGAAGUGGAGAGUCUGGGCGGGGAGCCGCAAGACCUCCCUCAGGACGAAGGGGCGGGUUCCCCCUCGAAGGUGUUUGAUGUCAGCCUCUCCUACAACAACAGCAGCAGCAGCUGCAGCCUAGAGCUGAGCAGCAGCAGCCAACAGGAGAACGAGCAGAAGUCCAAAGCGUCUGCGAGUCAGAAGCGCCAGAAAGAAUCACAGACAGGUGGAGCCGCAAAGAAACACAAGCCAAACCGCAAGAGCCUCGGUGUGCCUCCCAAAAAGAAUAGGAAAACAGCCAACAGCAGUGACAGUGAGGACCAGUCUGUUGUUGAGGGCACUGCCAAAUCAACUGCCUCUAAGAACAACACAUCAGACGUGAAGGCUGCCGCUUCACCCAAGUGUCACGGACGAUCUCCGCCCUCGAGCCAUAAGUACCACAAGCAGGGUGACACUGACCAUGUCCAUCACCGAGACAACCAUGGGCGAUCGCAGCGUGUCUACAAGUGGAGCUUCCAGAUGUCUGACCUGGAGAAGAUGAGCAGUCUCGAGAGGAUUUCAUUUCUUCAGGAGAAACUGCAGGACAUCAGGAACCACUACCUCUCCCUCAAGUCUGAGGUGGCCUCUAUCGAUAGGCGACGAAAACGCAUGAAGAAGAAGGAACGGGAAAGUGAGU